CGCAUAACGUCCGUUAACAGGUCACAGGAAGAAAGUGUUAGCUUAACGAACACAGACAACGUGUACAGAGAAAUCCAGGAAGACAGAAAAAAAAUACAGAAAUCAUGAGAGAAAUAGUCCACUUGCAGGCUGGCCAGUGUGGAAACCAGAUCGGAGCCAAGUUCUGGGAGGUGAUUUCUGAUGAACACGGCAUUGAUCCAACUGGAACCUAUCAUGGCGACUCCGAUCUGCAGUUGGAGAGAAUCAACGUCUACUACAACGAGGCCACAGGAGGUAAAUAUGUUCCACGUGCAGUGUUGGUUGACUUGGAGCCAGGCACCAUGGACUCAGUCAGAUCUGGACCAUUUGGUCAGAUCUUCAGACCUGAUAACUUUGUCUUCGGGCAGAGUGGUGCUGGGAAUAACUGGGCUAAGGGACAUUACACAGAAGGUGCUGAGCUUGUUGAUUCCGUUCUUGAUGUUGUUCGCAAAGAGGCGGAAGGAUGUGAUUGUCUUCAGGGUUUCCAGCUGACGCACUCACUGGGCGGGGGUACAGGGUCUGGAAUGGGCACACUGCUCAUCAGCAAAAUCAGAGAGGAAUACCCAGACAGAAUCAUGAACACAUUCUCAGUGGUCCCAUCACCAAAGGUGUCUGAUACUGUUGUGGAACCAUACAACGCCACCUUGUCAGUCCAUCAGUUGGUGGAGAACACAGAUGAAACUUACUGCAUUGACAAUGAAGCCUUGUAUGACAUUUGCUUUCGUACCUUGAAACUGACCACACCUACCUAUGGUGACUUGAACCAUCUGGUGUCGGCCACCAUGUCUGGGGUGACCACAUGUCUGAGGUUUCCUGGUCAGCUCAAUGCAGAUCUCCGUAAGCUGGCUGUCAACAUGGUGCCCUUCCCCCGUCUCCAUUUCUUCAUGCCUGGGUUUGCCCCUCUCACUUCCCGUGGAAGCCAGCAGUACAGAGCCCUGACUGUACCAGAGCUCACCCAGCAGAUGUUUGAUGCCAAAAACAUGAUGGCCGCCUGCGAUCCCCGUCACGGCCGUUACCUGACCGUGGCUGCCAUGUUCCGUGGUCGCAUGUCCAUGAAGGAGGUGGAUGAGCAGAUGUUGAAUGUUCAGAACAAGAACAGCAGCUACUUUGUGGAAUGGAUCCCCAACAACGUCAAGACCGCUGUCUGUGACAUUCCACCCCGUGGUCUCAAGAUGUCUGCUACAUUUAUCGGUAACAGCACAGCCAUCCAGGAGCUGUUCAAGCGUAUCUCUGAGCAGUUCACGGCCAUGUUCCGUCGUAAGGCUUUCCUCCACUGGUACACCGGUGAGGGUAUGGAUGAGAUGGAGUUCACUGAGGCCGAGUCCAACAUGAAUGACUUGGUAUCUGAGUACCAGCAGUACCAGGAUGCCACUGCCGAGGAGGAGGGCGAGUUUGAUGAGGAAGAAGAGGAUGUGGAGCAGGAAUAACUUCAAAUUCUUCCUCACAACUGACAGUAACACCCUUAAAGUCAGCAUCCGAUAACGUAGACAGUCUUGUAACAAACACUAACCAUUCUGUUGAAGUCCAUUCCUGUUCACACUUACAUCCUUCACACGGAUAUCACAGUUAAAACAACUUCAUACUUAUCUCUCCUCUUAGCAAUGUCCCCCCCCCCCCUCCCUUUCUGUUUCGAACAUCUUGUUCUUGUCACCUGUCACAUAGACUAAGAGAUGACAUCUUGUGCAGAAAGAGAGAUACAGUGACAGAUGUGUUGGGCGAAUGAGAAGAGAGAUUGAAUGUGAAUAAAGUCAACAAUCUUGUUUUAAUCAAA